ACGAAGAAGAACCAAACAAAAUGAAAGCCAACAACAACAGUGCUAAUGCCACAACUUUGGAAGUUGUUUCGCCAAAUGUUCAAAUCACCGAAAAUUACAUUGAAACCGAUUACACAUAUCAGACAUCAAAUGUCAAACGUUUGGCCAAUGGUAAAAUUCAGGUCUUCCCUGAAUCUGCUAACUUGAAAAUCCGCACCGAUCGUCGGGUCCCCAAAUUGGGUUUGAUGUUGGUCGGUUGGGGUGGCAACAAUGGUUCCACCUUGACCGCUGCUCUUGAAGCUAAUCGCCGCCAGUUGCAAUGGCGCAAACGUACCGGCAUCCAAAAGGCCAAUUGGUUUGGCUCCAUUACCCAGGCCUCCACCGUGCUCAUUGGCUCCGACGAGGAGGGUAAAGAUGUCUAUGUACCCAUGAAAGAUUUAGUUCCUAUGGUCAAUCCCGACGACAUCGUUGUCGAUGGUUGGGAUAUUAGUUCCAUGAAUAUUGGUGAUGCCAUGAAGAGGGCCCAAGUUUUGGAUGUCCAAUUGCAAGAUCAAUUGUAUGACGACUUGAAAGCAAUGAAACCCAGACCAUCAAUUUAUGAUCCUGAUUUUAUUGCUGCCAAUCAAUCGGAUCGUGCUGAUAAUUUGAUUAAGGGCACGAAAUAUGAACAAUUUGAACAAAUUCGUCGUGACAUACAAGAUUUUAAGGCCAGCAAGAAUUUGGAUUCGGUCAUUGUUUUGUGGACCGCCAAUACUGAACGUUUCAGUGAUGUCAAGCCUGGUUUGAAUAUGACCAUGCAGGAAUUGGAAGCUUCAUUGAAGGCCAACAAAUCGGAAAUUUCACCCUCGACCAUUUUUGCCAUGGCCAGUAUUGCUGAGGGUUGCACCUACAUUAAUGGUUCGCCACAAAACACCUUUGUACCUGGUCUAAUUGAAUUGGCCGAACACAGGGUCUUCAUUGCUGGUGAUGAUUUCAAAUCGGGUCAAACUAAAUUGAAAUCGGUUUUGGUUGAUUUUCUGGUGGGUGCUGGUAUUAAGCCGGUGUCCAUUGUCAGUUACAAUCAUUUGGGUAACAAUGAUGGCAAGAAUUUGUCGGCUCCCCAACAAUUCCGUUCCAAGGAAAUCUCCAAGAGCAAUGUUGUUGAUGACAUGGUCGAAUCGAACAGCGUCUUGUAUGGACCCAAAGAACAUCCCGAUCAUGUUGUGGUCAUCAAAUAUGUACCCUAUGUCGGCGACAGCAAACGUGCCAUGGAUGAAUACACUUCGGAAAUUAUGAUGGGUGGCCACAACACUUUGGUCAUACACAAUACCUGUGAAGAUUCUUUGUUGGCUUCACCUUUGAUUUUGGAUUUGGUUAUUUUGGGUGAAUUCUGUCAACGUAUAACCAUUAAGGAUAACAGCAAUCCCGCCUCCAAUUGGGUGCCAUUCAAACCUGUCUUGUCGUUGUUGAGUUAUUUGUGCAAGGCUCCCCUGGUGCCACGUGGUUCUCAGGUCGUGAAUUCAUUGUUCCGUCAACGUGCUGCCAUUGAAAAUAUUUUGCGCGGUUGCAUUGGUUUGGCACCCAACUCGCACAUGACAUUGGAACAGAGAUUCGAUUUCACCAGCAUUACUAAUGAACCACCCACCAAGAAACUAAAAACCGCUGGCUGUGCCAAAGCCAUUGCCAAUGGCAAAGUUGAAUUGAAUGGUCAUACAAAUGGUGUCGCCAAUGGAGUCCACUAAAAGUGUGGCU